AUGGACAUCAACAUGACGCGCCCGGACAACGCCACGAUCCAGAUGCUGCGGAACCCGGCCAUCGCCGUGGUCCUUCCGGUCGUGUACUCCUUCGUGGCCCUGGUCAGCAUCCCCGGCAACUGCUUCUCGCUGUGGGUGCUGUGCCGCGACAUCGGGCCCAAGUCCCCGUCCGUCAUCUUCAUGAUGAACCUGAGCGUCACGGACCUGGCGCUGGCGAGCGCGCUGCCGUUCCAGAUCUACUACCACUGCAACGGGAACCACUGGGUCUUCGGGGCGCGCGUGUGCACCGCCGUCACGCUCGUCUUCUACGCCAACAUGUACUCGUCCAUCCUCACCAUGACGUGCAUCAGCGUGGACCGCUUCCUGGGCGUGGUCUACCCGCUGGCGUCCGCGCCCUGGCGCCGGCGCCGUUACGCGGCGGCCACGUGCGCCGGGAUGUGGUGCCUGCUGCUCGGCGCGCUGUCGCCGCUGGCGCGCACCGACCUCACCUACGCCGUCGAGGAGCUGGGCAUCGUGACGUGCUUCGACGUGCUCCAGUCCACGAUGCUCCCCAGCGUGGCCAUGUGGGCCCUCUUCCUCUUUGCGCUCUUCGUCGUCCUGUUUCUGGUGCCCUUUUUGGUGACGGUGGCGUGCUACACGGCCACCAUCCUGCGGCUGCUGCGCGCGCCCGGCGCGCACGGGCUGGGCCAGCGCCGGCGCGCCGUGAGCCUCGCCGCGGUCGUGCUGGUCGCCUUCGUGACCUGCUUUGCGCCCAACAACUUCGUCCUCCUGGCGCACAUGGUGAGUCGCCUUUUCCUGGGCAAGAGCUACUACCACGUGUACAAGCUCACGCUCUGCCUGAGCUGCCUCAACAACUGCCUGGACCCCUUCGUGUACUAUUUCGCCUCCCGCGAGUUCCAGCUCCGGCUGCGGCGCUAUGUGGGGGGGUCCUCGCGCUCCUCCCCGCAGCCGCAGCAGCUGCCCUCGUCCCCCGGCGCCCAGGACGCGCGCCGCGGCCGCCAGGAGAGCGUGUUCUCGGGGCGCACGCUGUCCGCGCCGUCCGUGUCCAGCUGCCACGCGGACGGACUGGAGGCGGCCGCGCGGCCGUUCCUGCAGAGACAGGAGAGCGUGUUCUGAG